AGUACAGAGCUCCGUUACUGUAAAAAUGGCGAAGUUAGCUGGCAAAAGUUGCUACAGAACAAAACGCCAUUUCCCUAAAAACCGGAUUUUAAGGAGCCGUUACACUUUCUCUGGUGAAAAUCAAGGGCAAUUCGGUCAUCUACUCACCUUUUCCAAUAAAUGAUGCUACUCUCUCUCUCUCUCUUUUCUGACACCAAUUUCCUCCGUUCUGUUUAGUGCGAAAGGUUUUUGCUUUAGUUUUUAAUUCUUAAAUCUCUGCUCUCUCAUUUGUUUUUUUGUCCUUCCCAUAAAAAGGAAUGGCCAUUAUAAUUCUUUAAUUGAACAGAGAAGUAUGAAUGUUUUCUAAUUUCUUAUGUUUUUUCUUUUUCCUUUUCUUUUGAAUUUUUGGUGAAAUCUACACAUAUUUCGAGGAGUUUCUUGCUACGGUGAUUGUGUAAGCAGAUUCCCACUGAGCUACAAUUUUUCCUUUUUCUUUUCUUGCUCUCUUUCCUUAGGAUUUUUUUUUUUAAUCUCCAUUUUGCUUCAUCAUUACUGCCUUUCCCUCUCCAUCUCUGCAAAAAUCUUCGUUUCAGAGGCUCAUUGAAGAGUGAAGACUGAUAAUCUCAGAGCUAGUUUCGUUUUUUAUUUAGUUCUCUUCAAGUUUUCCAUUGAUGGGUUUGAUUUUAUGAGCUCCUGGUCACUGAUCUUUCUAGCUUCGCUCUCUUUCAUCCUUCAAAACAAGGUAAUCCUCUGUUUUUUUCUUCAUACUGUGAAUGUAAUGUGAAGAGAACUCCGGCUUCUCAAGCACAUUCCAUUUUGUGGGUCUUGUCCCUUUCUUUGCAAACACGUUUUCCUGUAGUGGGUUCUUGAUUUUGUGGGGGGGUUUGCGCGUUGUUUGUUGAAAAGAGCUUGCUCUGUUUUGUCGAGAGGUUUCGUUUUUUCUUUUGCUCUGUUUCUCGAAAUCUAUUCAUCUCGAUGCUCUACAAUGUCUGAUGCUGGUGGGUUACUUCUGCAAAUCGAGGCAGGAAGCCAUUGAUUACGAAGUGGGUGUUCUGAUAAUUAAAAUUUUAUGGCUCCAACCUCAAUUUCAUGAACUGGGUCGUGAAACUUUUGGCGAGAAAUGGGUGGUUCGAACUCAAAAAUCGAGAAUAACGAAGCCCUACGUCUUUGUAAGGAACGAAAACGGUACAUCAAACAGGCCAUCGAUUCGAGAUACGCUCUAGCCGCUGCCCAUGUCUGUUAUGUUCAGGCCCUCAAAAACGUCGGCGUGUCUCUCCGGCGAUACGCCGAGGCUGAGGUGUUGAUAGAGUCAUCUCUGUCAACGUCGGCUACCGAGAUCGAUAAAACGCCAUCGCAUUCCUCUUAUCCGUCUCCAUGCCCGUCGCAGACUGCCGAUGCUUCAGAAUCUCCAUUGCAAGAGAGCCCCAUUUCGCCGCCGAUAGCCACAAUUAGUUACAUGGUCGCCGGGGGUGGUACCCCUCUUACUGUCAAGCUCCGGCCGAGUAGCCAUAAUUUUGUCUAUGAAGAAUCAGUUGUUUCCCCAUUGCCUCCGCCGCCCCCGCCGCCGCUUCAUGAGUCAGGACCCUCUUGGGAUUACUUUGACACCAAUGAUGAAAUUGAGAGCUUCAGGUUUUUGGGGACUGGUGGGAUGGAUGUGAACUUUGAGGAUGAGAGAAUGUGGAAGCAAUUUAAGGGAGAAAUGACUGAUGCCAAAGAUGAGUUUCAUGAAGGAACUUCAAAACCAGAAGCAGUGCAAAAGGCUUGUGAAAAUGGUGACCAUUUGAGUUCCACUGUGGCUGUUGAAGAAAGAAAUUUGGAGAUGGCGAGACGGGAAGAUAAAGAGGUUUCUUCCACGGGUUUGUCGAACAAAGUUGUGCUUGAACAAUCUGGUUCAAGAGGGGCGAUGGAGUUGGAGAAGAGAUUGUGUACUGAACAAGAAGAUCCCUCAGAGUUUAUUACUCAUAGAGCUAAAGAUUUUCUUUCCAGCAUUAAGGAGAUUGACAAUCGGUUUCAGAGAGCUUCAGAAUCUGGGAGGGAGAUCUCUAGAAUGCUUGAAGCCAAUAAAAUCAGAGUUGGAUACCUUGAAGAAAAUGGAAGUAUAUCUGGUCUUGCUUUUCUGGACCCUUUACGUCGGUUACGACUUGUUUGCUGUCCUGCUAAGCCUGCUCUCUUUUCUCAUGAACCUCAUAAGACAAAAGUGAUUACGUGGAAACGGUCAACAUCGUCUCGGUCAUCUUCAUCAAGGAAUCCUCUUGCUGCAAAAGAUGAUGAUGACAGUGGAAGUGAAUUUGUAGAAGAGUUCUGUAUGAUCUCUGGAAGUCAUUCCUCUACCUUGGACCGCCUUUAUGCAUGGGAGAGAAAACUCUAUGAUGAAGUCAAGGCAAGCGAAUCCAUCCAGAAGGAGUAUGAUCGUAAGUGUGAUCAACUCAGAUAUCUAUUUGCAAAGGAUUAUAGUACUCAAGUCAUCGACAAGACGAGGGCAGUUGUCAAGGAUCUGCACUCCCGGAUACGAGUUGCAAUUUAUUCUGUUGAUUCAAUAUCAAAACGCAUUGAGAAAAUGAGAGAUGAAGAAAUGCAGCCACAACUCAUUGAGCUCAUACAGGGAUUGAUCAGGAUGUGGAAAGCGAUGCUUGAAUGCCAUCAUGCACAGUACAUAACAAUAUCGUUGGCAUAUCAUUCAAAGAGUGCUGCCAUGGGUACACCUCGAGCAGACACACAGAGGCAGAUAUCGAUCCAACUUCAACAAGAGAUCGAAUGUUUUGGCCUAAGCUUUGCAAACUGGAUCAACAGCCUUGCAUCAUAUGUUGGUGCUUUGAAUGGCUGGCUACAACAUUGCAUUCAGCCACAGGAGCGCUCAAAGAGCAGAAGACCAUUCUCUCCUCGCCGUGUCAUUGCCCCGCCUAUCUUUGUCUUAUGUCGCGAUUGGUUAACUGGAAUCAACGACCUUCCAUCUAAUGAACUCAGCAAUGCCAUCAGAGCCUUCUUGGGAGAAUUGAACUGUUCAAUAUCCCAACAAGCUGAACUACAGAGGAAACAGAAGCUUGUUGAAGCAAACAAUGGGGAAGAACUACAAGGGAAAGGUGACGAAAACAACGAUACUUUCUCUACGAACUUAAAUUGCAUACAUUCAAGUUUAACAAAAGUUCUUGAUCGGCUAACGAAGUUUUCUGAGGCCUCGCUUAAAAUGUACGAAGAUGUUAGACAGAAAAGCGAGGCUGCGCAUUCAACAUAUUUGAAUUUUAAGCCAGUUAGAUAUUAAACUAUGUAAUUAAGGGGAAGUGCAAAUAUUUCUCAAGUUUGGCUGAGAUUGAAUAUUUGUACAGUUUUGAAGAAUUUGCUGAGCUCUAUGAUUGUUGCAUCAUGAUCAGCUCAUUUUAUUCUGCUUCCAGAAAUCUUGUUGGUUUCUUGAAAGUCAGUUUCUCUUUCCCUUCAUUUUUGUGAUAUUAGGCAUAAUUUAAUCCAUUUAGGACCAUGGAUUCCAUAUAUAUA